UAUGGGCAGUUUCUUUCUUCUUUGCCUCCUUCUUUGUGUUUUCUGACAUUAAAUCUAAAACGAAAUUAAGAUAUCUGUGUUUUCUUGCUUAUUAUCUAAAUGACAGAGUGUUUUAAGUGUUUUUUUUUUUGGCUAAAAUCGAAGUUGGGUGUGUUGAAAACUGUUGGGUUUAUAAUUUAGUUGAAGGUUAAGUAUUGGGAAUCUCUAUUUGGGCGAAAAUCUGAUGAAAAUGAAAAUUCGACCUUUUUUUGUGCUAAAUCUUGUAGGAUAAUAUUAUUUGGUGGUUAAAGUUUGUUUUAAUUUAUUGCAUGUCGAGAAAAAGCUUGAAGAACUCAACAUUCUUUAUAUAAUCUGUGAUUUGAAAUCAGUGUUAGUGAACUGGGUUUCUUACUCGAUUUUUUUUGUUUCAGUUUCAGUUUUGUUAAUUUCAGUUUGUCAUUUUUUUUUAACUAAAAGGUGAAUGAUAUGUUCUGUUUCACUAAGUUAUUUCAGCUUGUUCUUCCAUUUAGAGGUCAUUCGGUUGUAUUAAUGAUAUGAAGACAGAACAUUAAUUUGAUUGCUUUGUUUAUGUCAACAUUAAUAGGAACAUGAAUAAUCUAGAGCAUGAUUGGAUGUACAAUAGGUUGGAUGGCCGAGGGGGUAUAAACUCUAGCUUUGUAACCGGUGUAGAUAAUUUUAUCCAAUUUGCACUUUCUCAACGAAAUUACAUGAGCGGUAACAAGGUUAGAUGUCCAUGUAAAAAAUGUCACAACAUUAAAUACAUGGAUGUUGAAAUCGUUGAAUAUCACCUUUUUAAUUUUGGAUUUGUUGAGGACUAUUUUGUUUGGGAGUAUCAAGGGGAAAAAGAUGUGAUCGGUGAGAUAGCUUCUGGUAAUGAUUUGCAUGAUGGUUAUCAACCUGAAUCGGGAUUCGAUAAUUCAUACAGACAAAUGGUCUUGGAUGCAGCUGGACCCAACUUUGGUCAGGGUUCGAGUUCGCAAUCUUAUAGCAAUAUUGAAGUUGAUUCUUCUCAUCCUUAUGAACCUUCAAUGGAGGAGGAGCCUAAUCCUUCAAUGGAGGAGGAGCCUAAUCCCGAGUCCCAAAGAUUUUACAAUUUGCUACAAGCUGCUGAUGAAAAAUUAUAUCCCGGUUCUUCUCUCUCUCAACUUGCAGUAGUCUCUAGAAUGUUAAAUAUUAAAAUGGAGAAUACUUUGUCACAGAGAGGUUAUAACCAAAUGAUACAAUUGUUGAAAGACGUUUUACCUGAAGAUAACAAAGUGCUUGAUAGUUAUUAUCAGACUAAGAAACUAGUGCGUAGUUUGGGUUUGCCAGUUGAAAAAAUUGAUUGUUAUGAUUCAGGAUGUAUGUUGUAUUGGGGUGAUGAUGAACACCUUACAUCUUGUAAAUUCUGUGGUAACCAGAGGUAUAAGCGUCGUGUCGGCUCUCGUAAGAGGAAAUUGGUCCCUUACAAGAAAAUGUAUUAUUUUCCUUUGAUUCCUAGAUUGAAAAGAUUAUAUGCAUCCCAUGCUACAGCUGCCGACAUGAGAUGGCAUCAUGAGCAUACACAAGAGGAUGGGGUAAUGCGUCAUCCAUCAGACUCUGAGGCUUGGAAGAACUUCAAUGAAACUCAUUCUUUUUUUGCUGCUGAACCAAGGAAUGUAAGGUUAGGGUUAUGUACUGAUGGUUUCCAACCGUUUAGUCAAUCUGGGAGGAAAUACUCUUCGUCGCCAGUGAUUGUCACCCCAUACAAUUUGCCUCCAGGAAUGUGUAUGAAAGAGGCAUAUAUGUUCUUAACUGUCAUUGUUCCUGGGCCAAACAAUCCCAAACAUAAAAUUGAUGUUUAUCUGCAACCUCUAAUAAAGGAAUUGACUUUGUUGUGGGAGACAGGUGUAGAAGCAUUUGACAUCUCGAAAAAGCAAAACUUUCAACUGAGGGCAGCUUGGAUGUGGACAAUCAGUGACUUCCCAGCAUAUUCUAUGUUAUCAGGAUGGAGUACUGCGGGCAAGUUAGCAUGUCCUUAUUGUAUGGAGGAAACACAAUCCUUUAGAUUACAACAUGGCAGGAAAACAUCUUGGUUUGAUAGUCAUAGAAUGUUCCUUGACCAACAUCAUCCUUUUAGGAGAGAUCAUAAAAACUUUCUCAAAGGUAAGACUGUCAAAAGACUAUCACCACUCUAUAGAAUAGGAGAGGAAAUUUUGAACCAAAUUUGUGACUUGGGGAUAAGGAAAGUAACAGAGUUAGAUGCACAGGAAGUUAAUCAGAGAAUAUGUAAGUCUUGUGGAUGGAAAAAGCGAAGCAUAUUUUGGGAUUUGCCUUAUUGGAAUUCUAACAUGAUUCGACAUAAUCUUGACGUCAUGCAUAUUGAAAAAAAUUUCUUUGAUAAUAUAUUUAAUACAAUUCUUAAUAUUGAUAACAAAACCAAAGACAAUCUACAAUCACGUCAAGAUAUGGUAAAUUACUGUGAUCGACCACAGUUGGCAAAGGACACUAGUGGAAAAUAUCCAAAAGCUAUAUAUACAAUAGCUAAGGAAGAAAGAGUUAUCUUGUUCAAUUGGGUGAAGGGUUUGAAGUUUCCAGAUGGAUAUGUUUCGAAUUUGGGUAGAUGUCCAGACACAAACGUGAAAAGAUUAUUUGGCAUGAAAAGUCAUGAUUGCCAUGUGUUCAUGCAACGACUAAUGCCUAUUGCUUUUCGUGAACUGCUUCCCAGUAAUGUGUGGCAAGCACUUACAGAAUUGAGCUUAUUUUUUAAAGAUCUUACUUCGACCACUCUACGAGUGGAUGACAUGGAAAGAUUAGAGGCAGACAUCCCGCAAAUCUUGUGUAAGUUAGAACGUAUAUUUCCCCCUGGGUUCUUUGACUCAAUGGAACAUCUGCCUGUGCACCUGCCAUAUGAAGCAAAGAUUGCUGGACCUGUACAAUAUCGAUGGAUGUAUCCUUUUGAAAGGUACCUCGGAACUCUUAAAAGAAUGAUUGGGAAUAAAGCUAGUGUUGAGGGUUCCAUUUGUGAAGCAUACUUGAUGAAGGAGUCAACACAUUUGUUUUCUCAUUAUUUUGAACCUCAUGUCAUGACACGUAAUCACGAUGUGGACCGUAAUGAUGAUGGUGGUGCUGUAGAAGAUCUUGAAGGAAAUUUAUCAAUAUUCACCCAUCCCGGUCGACUAUGGGGAGAAGCAAAAAAGAGGAAUUUAUCCCUUGAAGAAAUCAAGGCUGCCCAAACUUACAUUUUACUAAAUUGUAAAGAGGUUGAACCGUUUGUGAGUAUGUACGUGCAACGUCUGCAAGGAGAAUUCCCGAAUCUAUCUCAAGGUCAAAUAGAUGAGAGCCUUGAAGCAUAUUUCUCUAUAUGGUUCAAGGAAUAUGUCCGCUGCAACCAUAUUGAGAAUAAAUUCUUGCGUAGUCUUGCUCAUGGACCACUAAUAGGCGCUACAUGUCAUUCUGUGUAUUUUACUAAUGGAUACAAAUUUCACACAGACAGUCAUGGUAGCUCAAGAUCAACAAUGAACAGUGGAGUUUGUAUCUCGGAUCCAAAUUUUGGUGAUUACUAUGGACGGAUAAAAGAGAUUAUACAAGUGGAAUUUCGUGAAGAUCCUUUAAAGCAAACUGUGUUAUUCAACUGUGAAUGGUUUGAUCCAACUAUGGAUGUUGGUGUUAAAAAGCAUAAUCAGUACAAAUUGGUUGAUGUUAAUCAUCGUCGCCGAUAUAAAAAAUAUGAACCUUUUAUUCUUGCGAUGCAAGCAACUCAUGUGUGUUAUGUGUCGUAUCCUAGCAAGAAAAAGGAUAAGGAUGAUUGGGUCGCUGUGUUGAAAGUCAAACCUCGGAAUGUUGUUGAAUUAGCCGAUGAGGAAGUAAUGGUGACAGCUCCAGAUUUGAAUGUUCCAUUCCAAGUUGAAGAAGUUGAAGUCCACGAGAUAGAUAUGAAUGUUUCGAUUGAUGAAAAUAUACUCUUAUAUGAUCCAAACGGGAAUGCAAUUGUAAUGGAUGAACCCAUCGAUGAUAGGUUAUUGCCAGAGCAUCAUGAAAUCCAAAAUGAAUCUACAGAAGAAGAGUUUGAAACUGAAAAAGAGUAUGAAACUGAAGAAGAGUAUGAAACAGGGGAAACUACGGAGGAUGAGGAAGAGUUCGAAGAAGGAACAAAUAGUGACUAAUGCUUAGUAACAUGUGUUGUUGUAUCUUUAUUGUAUUUUGCUUAAGAUUUGGGUGUAAAAAUUUUCUGAUGGAUGGUUGAGUGUUUUGAUUUGCACCACAGUUUUUCUUUAUUGUUUUCUUUAACCUAUUUUACCACUUUCAUCAUUACUUACUGAAUCUUGUAGUGUACUAUGCGACUAUGUUGUUUGAUAAAUGCCAUUAUAGUUUUAUUUCAACCUUUGAUAGAAUCCUCCUGAUGUUAUUUA